ACACAUAAUUAUCGCUUCAGCGCUCUAAUUGUAAAGACUAGGUCAUUUGCCCACCGCUUGUUAUUGUCUGUCCGUUUCAAAUUUACUGUUCAUCGCCCAUGUCUUUUCAUAAGUUGUGGAGGAAAGCACAAGACAAUCCAACUGAAUUUUCAGUUUGGAUCAGCCUUUUGGAUCUCGUUGAAAAACAGCAAAAUAUUGAGUAUGCUAGACAAGCUUUUGAUGCAUUUUUCAAACGUUUCCCAUAUUGCUACGGUUACUGGAAAAAGUUCGCUGAUAUGGAACGCCAUAAAGGAAAUAAGGAAAAGUGUUUACAAGUUUACGAAAUGGGAGUUAAGACCAUACCUUUGAGUGUUGACCUCUGGACGGCCUAUUUGGACGCUGCCACUGAAUACUACCAUACGCACGAUGACUAUGAAACUAAAAUGCGCAGUCUCUAUGAAUCUGCAGUGGAUUCUGCUGGGCUUGAAUUUCGUUCUGAUGCCUUGUGGGAGCACUAUAUCAGCUGGGAAAGUGGACACAAUCGACUAGUUAAUGCUGCAAAUAUAUAUGCUCGUUUAUUAUCAAUCCCAACUCAACUUUACUUUCAAAAUUGGGACAGUUUCAAUAAAUUAGUAGAGGAAAAUCGUCCUGAGGAUAUACUGUCUAAAAACGAGUUUACAAGUAUGGUGUCACAAAUUUCAGCGGCUACUGGUAAGCCUAUCUCGCUUGAACAAUCAACAGGAGACAUUAGUGAUGAGUUGGAACCACCAAUUUUAGGAUCUACAAAGCCGGUGAUCGAAAUAACAGAUUCUGUCAGGGCGUCUAUACGACAAAUGAUAAUUGAUUCACGUGAACAAAUUUAUCGGGCAACUUAUAUGCAGAUUAUGCGGCGGUGGUAUUUUGAAGAAAAGAUUCGACGUCCAUAUUUCCAUGUGAAACCUCUUGAAGAAGUGCAACUAAAUAACUGGGCUGAAUAUUUAAGUUUUGAAGAAGCAGAAGCUGGGACUGUAAUUUCGCAUAUAAGAGAACAAAUAAAAGUGACUAAUCAGUUAUCUGAUGAUAAAUUAGAAGAAGCUGUUCUUGAAUAUCCUGAAGUAAAACUUGCUAAACGUCGUGUUCGUGUCCUUUAUGAGCGUUGUCUUGUUGCUUGUGCUCUAUAUGAACACUUUUGGAUACGUUAUGCAAAAUAUUUAGAGUAUACUGAAGGAGAUAUACCUGCUGCACGUGAAGUAUGGCGACGUGCUUGUAUCACUCAUUUGCCAUACAAGCCAACAAUUCAUUGGCAUUGGGGUUGUUUUGAGGAUAGAUAUCCUGCAUGUUUAGACAAUCCUCAAAAAUUUGAAGUCCUUACUUGUCUCGAUAUUUUGACAGACUUGGAGAAACGCUUAACGGAUAGUGCUCUUGUAUGCUGUAGACGAGCAGAUGCUUUAAGAAGAGCAGGCAAACCACUGUUCGAUAUUAUUGCUUGUUUGCGAAAUGGUAUCAAUCGGCUUCGUUAUCUAGUUCAGGAGCAAAAUAAAGUAGCACAAUGCGUUUCUGGAGCUACCGCUUCUCGCACCGUAGCACAAGCUAUUGCUACUGCAGCACAAGCUCGUGCAGGAGCGGGUGUUCUUGCUGGUCGUCUUGCUCGAUUGUUUCAUCGCAACGAAUCACUAGCCCCAGACGGAAUACCUGUAUGGAUGUUGUUGCUCAGUACGAAAUAUGAAGAGGAAGAGGAUGAGUCGAUGAUAAUUGACCUACCUAAAAUCGAAGAAACUAAUUCCAAAGAAAAAAUUGUGGGAGCAGAAAGUAAUGAUAACCUCACUGAGAAAUCAGAUGAAUCUUCCAAAUCUCCUAGGGCUACGAAAGUCGACGAAGAAAAUAUUACUGAUAAAGCAAAAGAAGCCACUACUCUAACUAGCGACCGUGAAUCUGAUUCGGAUAUUGAAGCUGCCUCGUCUGAUAACGAUGUGACAAUGGAUGAAGAAACUGAUGAGGAAAGCUCCGAGAAGCCAGUAGUGGAUGCAACGACGACAUCCAACAAAGAUGAGCUCACAAAUGGGGAUGAUUUAGACGAAUCUGGCUCUCCUCCCAUCCUAGUUGUUCCUUGUUCACAAAAAAAGAAGAAGCAUCAUAAGCGUAGGCACAGGGAAAGCAAAAAGUCGAAGCGAAAACAUAGUUCUAGCAAAAAACCGAAAUUGGAAGAUGAAGGUUCUGAAAAAGAGGAUAAAGAUGAAGAAAAUGCUGAGGACGUAUCAGGGGAUGAAUCAAAACCAGUUCCUGAGGUUGACCAAACAGCUGAAGAAGAGGAACGUAUACGUAUACUUCUUAACAGACGACACAAAGUAAUUGAGAUUCACGCCCCUUCUCCAUCGGAACUUACGGACGAGGAUCGUGUCGUUAUUUCUUGCGAAGAAGCAGCUAUUAAAGUUCUUAAAGAAGCCAUUGAUUAUGACCCACGUAACGAGCGGUUAUAUGCUCAGUUACUUGAUAUCAUAUAUCAACGUAGGCCGGUUGAUAUUGAAGGAUUUAUUGAAGCCACUAAUCUUGCCACAAUUGAUUCAGUUUUGCCAGCGCAUAUCAAAUUGGCUUUCUGUCAACGUAAGCUACAAUUUUUAGAAGAAUUCGAUACUGAUUUAUCUAGGUUAAAUGCUACAUAUGAAGAAUACAUGAGUCUUUGUGAUGCAAUCAAUACUGGUGUAACCACAUCAGCUAUUGCUCGUGGAGCUAGCAGACUUAUAAGUGGUUACCAGCUGCCAGAUCUUUUAAAUUUGCCAACAACUUCUCUCAGAGUUAGUUCAGUAAUUGGAGCAAAUCCCUGUGAAAUGGUAGUUUCUGCUGCACCAGUUGGUCGUACACCUUGUUUAAAUACUGACCAAUCAGCUUUGGAAGCUGCUGCUUCAGUUGGAACACCAGCACCAGAUCCAUCCACAGCCGCUGGUUAUUACACUGCUGGAGGAUAUGAACCAUUGGCUGCCGCUCUUGGCAAUACAUCUGGGCUUCCACCUCCUGUCCCAACAGGUAUACCCGUUAUGACACCUUCAGUUGCAAUUCUUCCCGGUGUGGUAAGUUCAAAGUAUUUUUAUUUUGAGUUUACUUUUAUUACAAUCAAUCUCCUAUUUCGCUGCCGAUCUUUAUUUUGUAAGUUCUUGAUAUGUUUCAUCGCUAUUUGUAUUGUAAUUUUAAUUAGUAAAGUUUGUUGUUACUGUUUAAUACGUUCCGAAUCUGUUGCUUUUUAAAAGUCGUUUUCUUGUAGUUAAUUUUUUCAAAAAAUGAUUUAUUUUUGACAUAGACAACUGAUCAUGUUCUUGUUUCCAUUUUAGUCGGAUACAUCGACUUCAGGUGCGGCUGGUUUAACAGCCGACGCAUACGCAACUUAUUACUAUACUGCAACAACUGGCGCUUCGUCUGUUCUCGCGCCAGUCAUUGUUCCAGCAGCAGUAGAUGUCAAUUUGUCCGCAUCAUCAGGGGUUACCUCAUCGAUAGUAACUUCAGUAACCACAUCUCUGUCAUCAACGAUAUCCGUUGGACAAUAAUUUCAUAACAAUGUGCCACAUUUGGUGUUUUUUCUAAUGGCUUUUGAUGCUUUCCACCUUAUGUUUAUUACAUAUUUUUACGAAAUCAUUUUGUUGUGGUUUGCUAAAUAUAUAUGUAUCUAUAAGAUGGUUUACAUUCGUUGCUCAUUGCAUGUGUUACUAUCUGUAUCGUUUUGUGGGAACUGUAAUUACAUUAACCUGAUCUCGGGCUUUUUCGAUUAGAUGAUGUGGUUCGUGGAUCUACGAUAAACUUUGUGUAUUUUUUGAUUAGUUUUUAUGGUCUGCUAAAGUUUUUUUAGAUUAUGUUUAUUCAUAAUAGAUUUCGUAUUUUGUAUAGGUUCAAUUUACGACCCCAAAUGCCCUGGCACGGCCGAGGGUGGGGAGAGUCCUUUUUCCCUCUCGAAACGGCCACAUGUAUACAGCCACUACCAGGGAAUCCCUACUCACUGCCUUCUCGUGGCGGGGGUGUUGUUUACGAAAUUGAGAGGAUGAAAAGCGAAAGUUCGACGCUUUAAUUGGGUUAGUGAACAUGAAGGAUCCACCUAGAGGAGUCGGAAAAUCCUGAUUCCAAACCAAUGUUGCACAUGGGCUCCAGUAUCCUGAGGGAACAAAUGAACCAAUCGUUGGUCACCGGCUACCAUGAGGCUGCAUCUCCAGACGUUGUUCCAUUUUGUUGGGAAUCAGGCCUUUGGGUCGAAUGCUCCGAGUGUAACCCCCUGAGAAAACCAUUUGCUUCGAUCUGGGCACCCGGGCAGUGUAUCACAGCCUACAUACAAAUCAAGUGACUUACGUGGCACAUAUUUAUCCGGUGCCCCUUUUUACCAAUAUUUAUGUGUUCAAAUCAAAUCAAUUUUAAGUCAUAAAACAUAGUAUGUGAACUUUGUCUAACAUAAUUAAGAAGGAUUUUUCUCUGAAUUUCUGUGCUGCAGUAUCAGGAAAUUUGACUAUUUACCAAGUGAGCCUUCUUUCAUCAUUAAUCACUUACCUCUCCGUUAAGUAGUAUUAACACUACCCCGUCAAAAAUCACAUUUUAACCCCUCUUCAGAAAUAAUCUUAUCCAUCAGUUUCUGUUAUAUUCCUCGUUGUUCACUGAAUCUGCUUUUCAGAUCUUUAGAUUUUUCAAAAUUUGGACUUCAUUUCAAUUGGGAGUAGAAUUACACGAAGUGAAACCUAAGACUUAUAGCUACUUUGGUAAACCUGUUGUUUAUUCUGUGUUCGAAAAUCCAAUGGUAUUUUUUCUCAGAAUUUUGUGUGAAAGGAUAAUGAUCAGCUUGUCAAAUAACUCAUUUCUGACUCGACAUUUCCCGAGAAUGGUAUUUGUUUUUGGUUGAAUUGUAACAGCAUAUUGGAUAUUAUUGACGAUAAUCAUCUGUCAGAUUCAUCUGAUAACUUUGUAACUUUGUGGUCCUGUUCUCGUAAUAUUGAUCUGAGAAUUUGCAGAACGUUUGCUCAUGCAUGUUGAGCUUUGACGGUUAACAAAUACAGUUUUGUGACCUGAAAUAUUAGUGCUUUUGUCUUGUUAUUUUUUGAAACAUCCACAUAGCAAUAGUAACAUAACAAUAAAAAUAUAGAGUGAUG